UGUGUGUGUGUGUGUGUGUGUGUGUGUGUGUGUGUGUGUGCUCCGCUACACUGCAGCACUCCGCCCAUCACACUGCUGUAAAGGAAGUCACACUGCCACACGCAUAUAAAAAGUGUGUGUGAGAGACAGUGUGUGUAUGCAUGUGUGUGUGUGUUUGAGAGUGGAAAAUAAAGAUGGCUGAGAAUAAAACGAGCUCCAACAUCAGCGGAAACAUCGGAGCUGGAGCCGGAAUCCUGGCCAAGAAGUUCCAGAAGUCCAUGAACAGAGCACAGGAGAAGGUCCUUCAGAAACUCGGGAAAACCAUGGAGACGAAAGACGAGCAGUUCGAGCAGUGUGCGGCAAAUCUGAACAAACAACAGACGGACGGUUCCAGGUUGUACAAGGACGUGAAGGCGUACUACAGCGCGGUCAAAGCGAUACACGAGGCUUCGAAGCGUCUCUCUCAGACUCUGAAGGACGUGUAUGAGCCGGACUGGCAGGGUGGUGAGGAUCUGUCUGUUAUUAUGCAGAGCGAAGAUCUGCUGUGGAACGAUUAUGAAGAGAAGUUGAGCGAUCAGGUGGUUCGAACGAUGGAGAACUACACCAGUCAGUUCCCUGAGGUCAAAGAGCGAGUUGCUAAACGUGGGCGUAAACUGGUGGAUUAUGAUUCGGCUCGUCAUCAUCUAGAGUCUCUGCAGAGCACCAAGAAGAAAGACGAAGCCAAAAUAUCUAAAGCAGAGGAGGAGUUCAGUAAAGCUCAGAAUGUGUUUGAGGUCAUGAACACAGAGCUGAGGGAGGAGCUGCCCGUCCUCUAUCAAAGUCGUAUCGGAUGCUACGUCACCGUGUUUCAGAACAUCUCCAACCUGAGGGACGUCUUCUACAAAGAGAUGAGUGUGUUAAACCAUGAGAUCUAUAACGUCAUGAAGAAGCUGGAGACGCAGCACUCCACCAAAACCUUCAUCAUCAAAGGCCUUAACAGUACUGCCUCGAAGAAGAAGAAGUCUCUGACCAUCUCUGCUCCCAUUCCCUGUAACACGGCGUUUCCUCCUGAUCAUCCUGCUGUGAGUAAACUCAGUGUUCCUGAUGAACUCUCACACAGAGACACAGGCUCGAGCUCCUGUAACACGCAGCCAGACGUAAGCAAUUCUGACGACUCCAGCUCUGCCGAGAGCGUCGUGAGCGCUCCCAGCCGCCAGUCCGUGUGUUCAGAGAGCGAGAGCGAUAAACACCACACCUCCAACGGGGACACGACAGAGCGGCCAGACGGCGAAGACGCGGAAGAGGAAGACGUCUCAGAGGAAGUGCAUACGUCUGAAACUCCAACCGAGGAGGAAGAUGAAGUGUCUCAUGAAGCAGAAUCCGCCACCACGACCAAACACGACGAGGAGACGGGACGGGGAGAGAAAGAAGAUGGAGGAGAAGGAAAGAUGGAACAAAGUGAAGAGAUGAAGAAAGGACACGAGUCAGAGGUGACGAGUCAAAAAAUGGAUGGUUCCCAACCUCCUGGAUUCCUCUACAAGGCUGUUGCUUUAGAGACGCAGGAAUCGGAUGAAGGCAUUCUUUUACUCUUUAGUAAAGGAGACGUGCUGCUCGUGUUCGCUGAUGAAGAAGAAGAAAAGCCGGACGGCACAGUGUGGGCGAUCAUAGAAGAGGACUGGAUCAAACAUCAAGACCUGACGCUUCUUUCAGGCAUCGUCGCGCAGACCCUGAUUCAGCGAAUCGACUCCUGAGUCAGAUUCCUCGCCUUUUGAUUCCUGACUCAGCAAUUUCAAAUGAAACCCUGCGACUCGGAGAACACGUGCUUUCAGUUCUGCAAUCAGACCCAAGUUCCUUUCUUUACGUUGUGUUCACUUUCAUUAACACAACUGUAACAAACUGCAGUGUUUUACACGUUACCUGUGUGUGUUUGCGCACGUGUGUGUGUGGGGGGGUGGGGG